CUACGCUCCAAACUUCUCUGGUAGACACGGUGGUGGCUACGAUCCCAAUUCUCUUAACAACGCCACAUUUGUCCAAGUGCCGUCGUAUAAUCAAACUUAUCCAAGUAGACCGAUACAUUGCGGUGGGGGAAGCUUCGAUCCAAACUCUCCCUUCAAGGAACCAUUCGUGGUAGUUCAACCCGUGCCAGUUCCAGCGCCAGCGUUUCCACUGCGAGAAACAUUCUCUUCUCAGACAUCUACGACUUAUUAUCCACAACCUUACCAACAGUCGCCGCAGCACCACGACUUACGACCGAGUCUCUUAUCACAGCUGUGUGCCUGUUUUCGAUAAAGCAAUCCAUCCAUCGGGUCUCAGUAUGAAUACGAAGGAACCUCAGUCGUCGGUCUAUGAGGUCGGACCUCACGGUUCUGACAUGUACCAUGGUCAAGUUCCAGUCGCGGCCAGCACCCAAGGCCAGUCGUACAUUGAGCGCAGCGGGCCCAUGAUUCUGAAAGGCUAUAGACAUAUACUGGAUCCCUGGACGACAGUCAAGUGGGAAUUUCCUAAUUUCUACCGAAAGCCUAGUCUCGGCUACCACAAACUCGCACAGCAUCGUCACCGAGAUGUCUUCGACCGGGAGUGGGUAGGAGACUAUGAUGACCGCUACAUAUCCUCAUGGGAUGGCAAGGUCUCCAAGCUUGUCGUUCAGGCCGUCGAUGACAUUUACGACAACAAUACGGGAUCUACAUAUAGGCGUACAUUCAUCCGGAACAUUGCGCCUCUGUAUCUCAGGCUAGCAAACUGGCCGUUCAACCACAUCGAUUAUUCGAAGAAUGGCGGUAAGCCUACUAGCGAGGACUAUCCAAUGCUUUGUCUCAAGUGGUUCGUUACUUCGUGCGUUAUCAGCUUUGUGAUCUCGAGCCCGAGCCCCGCGGAGACUGCAUCCAGGAAUGGUGGAAACUACGACCAAGUACCAUAUCAGUACUUCGGCUACCCUAAGGUAGCUAGGAACGUGCUAGAGAUGGACAGGUCCCGAGGUCACGAUCCAAGUCAAACGAAUCCGGUCGCUGAACGCGUGUUGCGACCACGAUAUUUGUGCUUCUUGCGAGAACAGGGCGAACCCGCCAUGAUAAUGAACGUAGAAGAGUGGAUCACCCAGUACAAGUCUGAGCGCAACUUGUCAUACGUUUUUAUUGCGUACACAGCAGAGCAGUUCCAGAGUACAGAGGAUUUGAGGGUUUUGCAUCAGAUUUCUGACGCAGCGGCUCGUAAUGCGGGAGUGAUGGCUUACUGGGUUGGCUGUUCCUGCAUGCCUGAUACAGACCAGCUCCAGGAAGACGUCUACCGCAUCUGCGAUGUUAUUCGAGGAGCGCAAUCUCUCGCCAUCGCUGUCGGACGCCCGCCAAACGACGUUCGCGGUAUUAGUACUGCUGAUUUGAUGCUUCAGCAAUGGGGUCGUCGCAUCUGGACCUUCCCAGAAGUCCUUUUGGCUCCCGCCGGCAAGGACAUCAAGAUCUACAUGCGCGGUAGUGAUCUCACGACUCCCCUUCUUGUAGCUAAGAAUCAAUUCGCAGCUAAGGUUUGGAAGGACGAUGCUCGGGUUGCCCGCCAGCUCAUCGACCACUAUGAAGGUAACAUGAUCUUGAGCCAGUUGGAGCUUGUUACGCUGGCUCUGGAAUGCCUACACAAGAGGGAGACUACCCAGUAUCUACCAGGAGACCACAGCUACGCGCUCAUGGGACUUCUUCGCAUCCGACCAAAGAUUGAUCCAACUGAUACAGCAUUCCAAGCAUUUGCACGCCUUUCACUAGCCAAUGGCAGCGACCAACUCCUCGAGCGAUUGAUUUGCGUCUUGCCAAAGGACCCCAAUCAGCCUUGGCACUCGAUGGAUGACGCGUACCACGCUAAACUCUGGGAUAUCUUGCCCCAGGACGUCGGUAUCGCUGGUGUUGGCGAGGACGAUAGCAUCAUUCUUGAUGGAUGCCGCGCGGCCAACGUCCGCUGGAAGUCUUUCACACCCGUCGCUUAUACUCGGCGCCAAUCAUGGAAACGUGCAAUCUCAGAGACCAUGUUGCGUCUCGGGGGUUUUGUGCUUCUACUUGCCAUUAUCCUCCUCAUUAUCCCAUUCACAUUCGUCAUUGGAGUCAUACUACUCAUCUACUCCCUGAUUCUUAUGGGUUUGUCGCCAUGGUUGCUUCGCCUACUAUAUUUGGGCAAAUUCUGGGAUCAGCAAUGCUGGUUCUUUGGAUUUGAGGGGUAUAUGGACAUUGACACCAUCGAACGCCAGAUCUUUGGUGGCAAGUUGGGACGCAUGAAGUGGACGGCUUCUGCCAGUCCCCUAUCCAGACACCACCGCAAUGAACAUGGAGAGUGUAUUGGCGAUGACCCAACAUCGGACCCCGCCGUUGCUGCUCUAGUUCAGAAGGCCAAAACCGCUGGACCUGGCGACCAGCGCAUCUUCACGCUUGUUGAUACUGGCAACAUGACUGCCACGCUAUUCCUUGCCGAACGUCCGCCGGUCUGCUUCCUCAUGGCCGGCUCUGAAGGUGGCAUGAAGCGUAUCAUCGGCUGCUCCUACGAUUGGACAACCGCGACUAUGUACCGUGAGACGGUACUCCGCCUGGAGACAAAGUUCGAGGAUAAGAUGGCUCGAGUCGGUCGCGUUAAGAUAGGCUUCAAGCGCCUUCAACACCCUUUCGGACCCUCGGCUCAGAUUGGGGAGGCAAUUGGCCAGGAGGUGAAGUAGUAAACCUCACUGCUCGAAUGAUGACCUACGUUUUUUUGUUCCCCUUUCCUUAGUAAGAAGUAUAGCUCUACCGUGGUUGUAAUUGUUGGACAUAUCUCAUUAUGGAUGCUCGGUC